UCAAUUUCUUAGUUUAAACUUGAACAUUUCUUUCAGUACUCGUGUGCUUGCGCCCUUUGGGGGCAUUCUGUUUAGUUCUAAUUGUAAAACAUCGCCAAUAAAAUGCCCAUUUUUGGGACUUUGUCUCAAGAGAUUCGUUCCGUACACAAUUGUCUGAUCCCUUUUUAAUUGUGAGCGACUACCCGUGCGAAACAGGUGGGAAUAAGAACAACCUCACAUGCAAUGUGAAGAACUACGUUGACUCGGUCGUCCAACAAGCCGGUCAAGCAGUUGUUCAGGGCGCUAAACUCUUCCAAGAUCGCAUUGGCAAUCGAAAUUUCAAAAGCUUCAAGCAGACUGUAAAAAGGUUGGAAGAAUCAUCUGUUUCUUGCAGGGGACCUGAGCGAGUUGAGUUGAUGAGAAGGUGGUUAGCUGCACUUAGAGAAGUUGAAAAACUAUCUCAGAUUUCCUCUGAUGACAAAGACAAGAACAAUGAGCUGCAUCAACUCCCUGAAGAACAAAAGAGUCCAAGAAAACAAUAUAUGGUGCUGUAUUAUGAUUCUGAUAUGGGCGGUGAACCCAUGACUUUUACUGAUGUCUUUCUAUACAGUCAGGCUUUGGAAGGCAUAACCAUAUGCAUGGUUGAUAAGUUGAAAGUCUUGUCAGAAUCUCUUUUGAGCUCCCGCUCAAAAGCUGAGAAACACAUCUCGGAUAACAGAGUUCAGAAAGAAGAGGCAUUAAAGUUUCGUGUGAAGAAAGCAAGCGAAGUUAGUGACACAGAAAAGGAACUAGCAGCUGAAGCUUCAGGUCUUGAGAAACAAAGAGAUGAACUUGAAGCUGAACUGAAGAAGAUUGCCGCUCAAGCUCGCCUUCACAAUAUGAGGGAAGAAAGGGACCAAUUCUAUGAAGCUAAUGAUCAGAUUGUUGCCCAUUUAAAAACUAAGGAAGAAGAGCUAUCGAAAUCCAUUAACUCAAGCCGAGUAGAAGCAGAUGUUCUAAGUACCUGGAUAAUUUUUUUGGAAGAUACUUGGUCUCUUCAAUGUUCACAUGGACAGACUAAGGAGAAGGAAACCAAUGAUGAAUUGCAGACUCAUGAAGGCUACUUUGUAAAUUUGGUUAUUCAACUGCUUUCGGCUUAUGAGAUCAUAACGACUUUCAGUGUAGUGGACAACAUGAGAGAGCAGUUCUAUGCUCAACAAGUAACGGUCUCCAGUAAAGAUGAUCCGAAGGUGAAAGAGCUAUUUGACAAAAUUGCAAAGAUAAGAGAGGAAUUUGAAUCUACAGAGAGACCUAAUCUAGAAAUCGAGAAUCCCCCUCCACGAUCAGAUGCAUCAACUGGUGAGAAGCUGCAGGAAAGUGGUGUACAUUCCUCAGAACUAGCUGCAGAGGCACCUGAAGCCGGGAAAGACAAGCAACCUGAGCCACCCAGCUUCAAGUCUAAGCAGACACUCGACCAUGAAGCAAAAUUGGCAAAACUGGAGUCUGAAUUUGGUAUAUCAAACAGGGAUUACUCAGCAGAAGAGAUUAAUGACUGGGAAUUUGAUGAGCUUGAAAAAGAGUUGACAUCUGGUGAUUGAUCGGGGAAAUAGAUAGAAAUAUUCCAUCAAGAUGGACAAAUGUCGUAUUAAAUCUUGUUAAACAAAUAGCAAGUUGUAUCUGUGUAUGAUCUAGUAGACGAUUUUGAACUCCUCAAGGCUUAUUUUGUCCUUGGAGUUCACCAUAUGCUUGUUGACGUCCAUUUUAUUUAUU